CCACAAUUUUAUAAAGCGAAUUAACGCAAACAUAUGCAUGGACACAAAGAAAAUGACCGGCGAGCCUAACCAAAAUCCAACAUCGGUGUUUGGAUUCGAUACGUAUCCACCGACUUUCCCAACAAGUUGGAACCAGAAUAAUCCGUUUGUGAGCACCACGACCCACUACAACCCCCCAAUUAGCGAACAACGAAUAUUCAACCAGGAUCCCGGCCUGUCGUUUUCCACUCCCUUCAAUGUGCACCCAACAAAUCCCCAAAUAACUACGCCUUUAUUAAAUAUCUCGAGCAAUCCCUACGAACAGCACUUUUCCGGAUUCUCCUUCGGUAGUACCAAACACGAUGCAGAAGUGGUUCAAUUUCCUUUCGAUACGUACAACAAAGGGUUCGGGUUACGAUGCAAAAGAAAAACCGAAUCUCCUCCUUUACGGCCGUUGAAACAGCACAUAACCGAAGAAAAAAUGGCAGAACAUAUGUCGAAGCUGCACAUUAGCUCAGAAACUGCACCUCCGAAGGAAUCCGAAGGCGUUCGAAUGCAGCGUCUUUACAUGUGCGAAGAAAUGCGGAAAUUACAAACGGAUUCGAUAUUACCUCAAAGCUUGCUGUCUCGAAUAGAAAGGCCCUGUACAGCGUUAGUUCUUUGGAAGCCACCGGCGAAACUGGUGCCCCCUUUAGGUAGCGAAUUGGAUGUGAAAAAGUCAAAGAAUAACGAUAAAGACAAGUUAGAUCGAGUAACGGUAGAAUCGGAAAUGGGCGAAUCAAAUUUGAGUAAUAUGGAUUUGGAUACUUGUUAAUUAUUAAUUCACAUCUGAUUUAUAUUAUUCUACUUUCGAAGACUGAUUAACUUAGUGAAAAGAGUUAAACAACUAGAAUAAUCAUUAAAGUUUAUACUUCGGUAUAAUGUAAUAAGAUUGCUGCUGUACAUGCAUUAUUUUGAACUUAAAAUUGUUCAUAGUUAAUUAUUUAGACUAAAACUUUAGACGCUUGAUGAGAAAUGUUUGGUGAUUGAUUUUCAUUUUUCAAACAAUUUGUUUCUUCUAAUGCAGUCAUUAACAUCCCUUAAAGUUGAUUAAUUGUAAUGAAAACUUCGCUAAAUACGUAAGAUUAAUAAGACGGUCUUAAGAGUUUGUAAUUUUCCCGUUUAAGAUUGUAAAUGAUGUUUUUUUUUGGUUUCUUGUGAUACAAUGCGUCGAUUCGGUUUUAUGUUAAACAUAUAAGAUACUAAAAAAAUAACUAACAGUUUGUUCGCUUCUAGCCAAUUGAGGAAAAUACGAAUUUUUAGUUGUAUUAGGAAUUAUUUUUUAUAAAAAUGGUUUCUUAUUGACGCUCGUUUCUUGAAGGGUUGUUUUAAACGAAAUUCUUAAUAAAUUUUUAUUACAUGCGU